AUGUCUUGGCGUGAACUCCUUCCCCCUUGGCUGGUGAUCGUAGCAGGACUCACGGGUAUUGUGCUGCUUUGCGUCUCCACUAAAGAUGUGCCUGUCACUCCGCUCAGGAUCAAGUAUGGCAUUGUUCUGGAUGCUGGCCCAUCCCACACCAUCCUGUUCAUCUACCAGUGGACCACUACCAAGGCAAACAAGACCGGGGUGAUCAGGGAAUCUAGUUCCUGUCCUGUGCAAGGUCUGGGAGUCUCCAACUAUUCAGAUUCUCCUCAGAAAGUAGGGAAGAGCUUGGAGCCAUGUUUGAACUGGGCCCAGAAAGAGAUCCCGCCAGAGCAGCACAGCCAAACCCCCCUCUACUUGGGAGCAACCGCCAGCAUGAGGCAGCUGAACCUCACCCAUUCCAUCCUCUCUGAUGGUCUCCUUGCAGCCCUGACUGUUGCCCUGAAGUCAUCCCCCUUUGACUUUCAGGGGGCAGAAAUCCUGUCCAGCCCAGACAAGGAAGCAUUCAAUUGGGUUGCUGUUAACUACGUCCUGGAGAACUUCUUCAAGUACGACUGGCAAGGACAGUUGGUCCCCUCCGGGAAGGGGAUGGCAGGAGUCCUGUCCGUGGGUGGAUCCUCAACACAGCUCACUUCCAAGGUGGAAGAAGAGAACCAGGCACCAAAAGAGGGAGUGAGGCUGCAGCUCUAUGGGCAGACGCACAACGUGUACACUCAUCACUGCCCCUGCCACGGCACGGACCAGCUCCGCAGCAGGCUGCUCUCUCUUCUCAUUCAAGAUCAGAGAAGUGCUAAAACUGUGUCUAAUCCUUGCUGGCCACUCGCCUACUCCCGAGAAGUGCAGUGGCAAUCAGUGCGUGCUGGGCCUUGUGCCGUCAGUGAUGACACAUCAGACAUCACUGGCCCUGAGGAGGUCUUCAACAUCACCGGCUCCAGCAACCCCACCGCCUGCAUGAGACUUGUGCAAAACCUGCUCAACUCUUCCUCUUCCUGCAGCUUCUUCAAGCAUUCCCUCAGCAGUGUUUUCAAGCCUCUCCGGACCAGAUUUGUGGUGAUUUCUGAGGCCAUGGACUUCAUGAAAGAAACUGUACCCUCUCCUGACUUGGGUCAAGCAGUCAACAGGCUUUGUGGAAUGUCUGUCAAAGAGCUAGUUAAGGAGUCCCAAACAAGCCUGGAUACACUUGCUGAUUACUGUGUUGUGUCUGCCUUCAUCUUUCAUCUCAGUACAAAGGGAUACACGCUUGACUUUGACAGGUCUGUUUGGACUGCAUUCCAGAAGAAGAUGGGUGGUACCUCGUCUGGCUGGACUCUUGGGUACCUGCUGAGUCUGACCAACACCAUCCCCCAGGACAACCCAGGCUUCCUCAAGGGGAUUGAACCAGGGGUCUGGUCUUUGCUCCUUAUCCUCUUUGUCGUGCUGCUCACUGGCUCUUUCAUGCGCAUCUCAUACCGAGUGAUGGUCAAGGAAAACAGCUUCAGUAACAGGAACAGUGGUGUUUUUGAUGACAACUGA